AUGCUAGCAUCAAGAUUACCAUUUGAGAUCUUGGCACUUAUUGCCAGCUUUGUCCCAAAAUUCAAAAGGUCCGAGUGCUCGACCGUAUGUAAAGCAUGGAAAACGCCUUUCCAAGACUCUUUGUGGCACAGUUUGAGGAUCAAUCGAAUAUUACUAAAGUUAAUCAUCUACCUCCCUAAUGAAGAAAACAUUUACAAGAAAAAUGGACAUCGUGUGCGUGAAUUACAAAUAUGUGGAAACCUCAAAAUUCGCCAGAGACAGAUUCACGAGUUACAGCAAUGCUUCACCCAGCUAAAGUCUCUCAAUACCAUGGACGCUCGAUUAACUCAAGAAUGUUUUGGAACCAUGGCAGAAUGGGGUCAAUGGAGUUCAUUAACUGAUCUAAAAAUGUUCAUACUAUGCCCAUUUUCAGAUUUUUUUACUCAAGAAAUGACCAAAGUAUUUCCUUGUCUUCCUUCUCUUACUCGACUAGAGUUUAUAGAAACAAGGUACACCGCGGACAACAGGUACACAUGGAAGACGCUGGAGAUUAUUCACACCAGCUUACCGCGACUUAAAUAUCUAGUCACCAGUCUUCUUUUUUCACCAGUUCUCGCAAAAGACAUCUCAGAAAUCAAACAGGUCGUGCCAGCAGACUGUAUGACUGACCUGACGCUUAGCAGUACCAAUAUGGACAUAGGCUGGUUAAUAUAUUACUCUCUAAAAUACCCAAAGCUAGAAAAGCUUAUCUUGAGUUUGGAAGGUUGCCGAGUGGACCAACCUGAAGAUGAUUUUCAGAAUUACGAUACCACCCCGCUUCUGAAAACUUUGCCAGAUGCUUUUCUUCACAUCAAGACUAUAGAAAUUUGCCAGACUGCGGUGGUUAGUAAACGACAUGACAUGUUUUGGCAGUUGUUUCAGCAGUUUAUUGAACAUGUUAAAGAUAUGAAAUACAUCUUGCAUUUCACCAACCUGGUUUCUGAACAGCCUCAAGGAGUUUUAGACGAGUGUGUACAGCUUUCAUCAGCCUCAGUCGAAAAUCUCGACCUUUUUAUCAAGUUUCCCUGCAAGGAUGAAUUUAAUCUUUCGAUGAAGCUUGGUGUAUGUAGUCGAUUAGUGGACUUAAAGAUGAAAUUACCUGAAACAGUGGUUGAGCUCGACGUUCUUUUGAAUAACUGUCCUGCCCUGAAAAAUAUCCAACUGGAUGAUGUGUUGGUCAGAAUUUCCCGGGACACCUCUGAAAUACCAAAAAAGCAUUGUCUAGAGACUAUAUUUAUAGAAUUCUCAAAAGUCAACUCACUCACAUUUGGUUAUAUUUCACGUCGCUGUAUAAGACUGAGGAGCAUGACAUUAAGCUACGUUAACAUAUACGGAUCAACACCCCAAUACACAGGCAAUCUUAUUAUGGACAUGAGCUGGUCUCAAUUCGAAGUGCUAAAGCUCAAUGGCAUGACCUAUCGCGACAAGAAACACAGUAUGAAAAUACUCGCCAUUGAACGAAUACAUGCUACACCACAGGCUGUACACAGUGACGAUGGGCUCACUUUAUUAACUAGCAUGUUACCCCCAGUUAACCAGAGACUAUGGUUUCACCUUUUCUCGGAAGAUCAAAGUGACACCAUGUGCCGUAGAGUGCGAAUUCUUGACAAAAAACAAGCCAUGAUUGCCCGGGAUUACUAUACAGCUUUUUUAUCAUCCAUAUGGAAUACCAACAAAAAAGCCGAGACUGUUUGUGACUCUGAUAUACGGAAGAAGCCCUGUUGGAGAAAAGACCUUUCACGAGGACACGUAACAUUACGAUGUGGAUACGUUGGUCAAUAUUCUAUUGAGAGUGUUGACGUUGACCACAAUGUUCAGUUCUUGUAG